CUUGUUUUCCUCUCAAAUCACUCACAAAAACUCCAUUUUUAAUCCAACUUGCUGCAAAAAAUUCCUUAACCCCUCUCUCUUUCCUUCUUCAUAUAUCCCUUCCUUCACAGCACAACCAAAAACAGUAGAAAAAACAAUGCCUUCUUCCUUAUACCUUCAUACAAGAAUUACAGCGCCACCGCAGAGACAAAUUUCCUACAAAUGUUGUGAUUUUGAGCUGCCACGACACCACAACCACACGGUCGGGCCGAACCAGUGCUGUUCGUACGCCGUCCAGAUGAUAAACGCCUCUGUGUCGACUGUUUGGUCAGUGGUUAGGCGAUUCGAUAAUCCGCAGGCGUACAAGAACUUCGUCAAGAGCUGCCACAUCAUUGUCGGCGACGGCCACGUGGGGAGUCUGCGUGAGGUCCACGUCGUAUCCGGGCUUCCAGCAGCCAACAGCACGGAGAGACUCGAGAUUCUCGAUGAUGAACAUCACGUGCUGAGCUUCAGUGUGAUCGGUGGCGAUCACAGGCUCAACAACUACCGUUCCGUUACAACGCUUCAUGCCUCGCCGUGUGGGACGGGGACAAUCGUCGUGGAAUCGUACGUCGUCGACAUCCCACCAGGGAACACCAGAGAAGACACCUGCACCUUUGUUGAUACUAUCGUACGGUGCAACUUACAGUCUUUGGCUCAAAUCGCUGAAAAUAUGGCUCGAAAUAACAAACCUUGAUCUUAAUUAAUAAAUAGAUAGAUUGUUUCCAAUAUGGGUGGAUUAAGAAGAGUUUGAGUUGAUAGAUAGAUGAUUGUGAAUUUUAAUUAAUUAGUAUAUAAUUACUUCGUUGUU